AUGGCAAGAUCUAUUGAAACUAACAUGCUACAGAUCGCCGACCCUUCCAAGAUCACACCUUCAGCCAACUUCAGCACGGAUCUUGGUUUGGACAGUUUGGAUGUUGUGGACGCACUUUUUUUCAUCGAGGAGGAGUUCAACAUUGAGAUCCCAGACCACGAAGCUGAUGAGAUCCACACUGUUGCUCAGGCUGUCGACUAUAUUCUUGCUCAACCUGAUGGUAAGUAG